GCUGCUCCCCUUCCCCCGGCGAGGGCUGCGCGGGGCUGGAGAUGGAGCCGGCGGCGCGGCCGAGCGGCGAUAUCCUGAGGCGGAACCCGCAGCAGGACUACGAGCUGAUCCAGCGGGUGGGGAGCGGCACCUACGGCGAUGUCUACAAGGCUAGAAAUCUUCAUACAGGAGAACUGGCUGCUGUAAAAAUAAUCAAGUUAGAGCCUGGAGACGACUUUUCAUUGAUACAGCAAGAAAUAUAUAUGGUUAAAGAAUGCAAACAUUGCAACAUAGUCGCCUAUUUUGGGAGCUAUCUCAGCCGUGAGAAGCUGUGGAUAUGCAUGGAAUACUGCGGUGGGGGAUCCCUCCAAGAUAUUUACCAUGUAACAGGACCUCUGUCAGAGUUACAAAUUGCAUAUGUAUGCAGAGAAACUUUACAGGGUCUUGCUUAUUUGCAUAUGAAGGGCAAAAUGCAUAGAGAUAUAAAGGGUGCAAAUAUUCUACUAACAGACCAUGGAGAUGUCAAAUUAGCUGACUUCGGUGUAGCAGCAAAAAUAACAGCCACCAUUGCGAAGAGGAAAUCAUUUAUUGGUACCCCUUACUGGAUGGCCCCAGAAGUUGCAGCGGUGGAAAAGAACGGUGGAUAUAACCAGCUCUGCGAUAUCUGGGCGGUUGGCAUAACGGCGAUUGAACUUGCAGAGCUUCAGCCGCCCAUGUUUGAUCUUCACCCGAUGAGGGCUUUGUUUUUAAUGUCAAAAAGUAAUUUUCAACCGCCAAAGCUAAAGGAAAAAGCAAAAUGGUCAUCAACAUUCCAUAAUUUUGUCAAAAUAGCACUUACAAAAAAUCCAAAGAAGAGGCCGACAGCAGACAGACUCCUUUCUCAUAGCUUUGUGGGGCAGCCUGGUCUUUCAAGAUCUUUAGCAGUUGAGCUGUUGGACAAAGUUAAUAAUCCUGACAACCAUACACACUACAGUGAAGUUGAUGAUGAUGAUUUCGAGCCUCACUCCGUUAUCCGCCAUACAAUUCGUUCUACGAACAGGAACAUUAGGGCAGAAAGAACGGCAUCGGAGAUAAACUUUGAUAAGCUGCAGUUUGAGCCCCCUCUACGGAAAGAAACAGAAGCUCGGGAUGAAAUGGUUGUGGCAGCUGGCACUGACUUUGCUUCACAUUGGAAUCCUUUUGUUGAUGGUGGAAGCAGCAAGGGACUGCUUACAAAAUUUGGCGAUGGGAGUGAAGAUGUUGAAGAAUCAACACUAAAGCGAGCAGGGCCACCUCCGCUACCUCCUAAGCCGAGAAUAAACAGUUAUCCUGAGGAAAACCUUCCAGAUGAUGAGAAAUGUCAGACAAUAAAACAUUUCCCAGACUCGCAGAACAGAGCCCCACCAGCUCACAGGAGACAAAGUAUCCCUGUUGGUGGGCCUCAGACUGAUUCUUCCCCCGUUGGUAUGACCAGCAGCAUCAGUAGCCCUGGAUUGCUCACAGCUAGAUACAGCGACUUAGGAAAUGGGGAUGGCAUGCUGAAACUCAUUGAAGAAAAUGCAGAAGGGUCUGGACAAAUCCCUCAGCUGCCACGUAAAAAAGAGAAAAGAGAUUUUCCUAAGCCAGCAAUCAAUGGUUUACCACCAACACCGAAGGUGCUGAUGGGAGCGUGUUUUUCCAAAGUCUUUGAUGGUUGUCCUUUGAAGAUUAAUUGUGCAACAUCAUGGAUACAUCCAGAUACUAAAGAUCAGUACAUUAUCUUUGGCACAGAAGAAGGUAUCUAUACUUUGAAUUUGAAUGAACUUCAUGAAGCAACAAUGGAACAGUUAUUUCCCCGAAAGUGCACCUGGCUGUAUGUUAUCAAUAACACCUUAAUGUCCUUGUCAGAAGGGAAAACGUUCCAGCUCUACUCCCAUAAUUUAAUAGCUUUGUUUGAACAAGCCAAAAAAACAGGAUUAGCUGCUCAUAUUCAAACCCAUAGGUUUCCUGACAAAAUAUUACCAAGGAAGUUUGCCUUAACAACAAAGAUCCCUGAUACAAAAGGAUGCCACAAAUGCUGUAUAGUACGAAAUCCAUACACAGGACAUAAAUACCUGUGUGGUGCAUUGCAGUCUGGAAUUGUUCUACUACAGUGGUAUGAGCCAAUGCAGAAAUUCAUGUUAAUAAAGCACUUUGAUUUUCCUUUGCCAAGCCCUUUGAAUGUGUUUGAAAUGCUAGUGAUACCAGAGCAGGAGUACCCGAUGGUCUGCGUAGCUAUCAGUAAGGGUACUGAACCAAAUCAGGUAGUUCAGUUUGAGACAAUCAACUUGAACUCUGCUUCUUCAUGGUUUACAGAAAUUGGUGCAGGCAAUCAGCAGUUAGAUGCCAUUCAUGUAACACAGCUGGAAAAAGACACUGUCCUAGUCUGCCUGGACAAAUUUGUGAAAAUUGUGAAUUUACAAGGGAAAUUGAAGUCAAGCAAGAAAUUGGCCUCCGAGCUGAGCUUUGAUUUCUGCAUUGAGUCAGUGGUGUGCCUUCAAGACAGUGUGCUGGCCUUCUGGAAACAUGGCAUGCAGGGCAAAAGCUUUAAGUCAGAUGAAGUUACCCAAGAGAUAUCAGAUGAAACCAGGGUUUUCCGCUUACUGGGAUCAGACAGAGUGGUAGUGUUAGAAAGCAGGCCAACAGAAAAUCCGACUGCACACAGCAAUCUCUACAUCUUGGCUGGACAUGAAAAUAGUUACUAAGCAACAGUAACCUAACGCAAAUAACAGAGUGGAUCUGCCACACGAGGAACGGAGAAGCAUUAGGAAACUCAGUACAAGCGGGACUGUGACUUACUGUUUGUUUUCUUGACACCUGAAUGAUGUUGGUUUAGGGUGGAAAUCAAUACAUUUUUGCAGCUGGGAACGGCUGGUUCUGUCUCUUGCCACUGUGUGGUUGGUUAUAUCGAGUUUGCUUAAUAAAAGCUAUGAGAUAAAUAGCCCUUUACUCAUUAGUUAUAGGGAAACAGAGCCUUUUAAAAAACGUUUUGCAGUAAAGGUGCCAUAAACGGUUAAAUAUUUUACUUCCCUUGGAUCUUCCUUGUAUUCUGUAGAUAUAGAUAUAGUGCUGGCUGUUUCCCUGUUUUAUACUGAAUCUUAUUCUUAAUAAAAAAGAUUUGUGUAGGAAGUGAAAGUAUCUGCAAAGCUUUUUGGUUUUAAAUCUGCCAUUCAGUAUGGCUUUGUAUAAUAGACUAUUUAAUCCUUAUUUAUUAAUCUGCUGCUAGAAUGGUGUAAUGUAUCUAACUUUUAGCAAAGGAAGGUUGCAGAGCAGCUUACAAUUUUUUUUUUUUUUUUUUUUUUAAUAUUGUAAAAAGUUUUGUU